AUGGUGAAUACGCCGUUAGCUCGAAGAGGGACAGUUGAAGAAAAUAUGCGUGAAGAGGCGGGAACUUCUCAUGAUCCGCAGGCAGAGAUAGUUCGUCUGAAUGAGAAGAUAGCGCAACUUGAAAGGGAGUUACACGAACGAGAUCAUACAAAGCAACAGAAAACUCAAAAAGAUUCCUCACGUGGUGACCAGGGGAAUCCCGCGCGCAAAGGCCCACCUCCCGAGGAGAUAGCUAUAGAGGAGAGCAGUACCGAAGGUGGCGUAGAGCUCGCCAACCUUAUGAAGAAAAAUAAGGAGGAGAAGAAGUGGUGGGCUGAGAAAUUGGCUAAACUGGAGCAGCAAUGUGACUACUUGAUGGGUUCCACCCAAUCAAAGGCCAAGGGGAAAGCUUCAUUGACUGAUAGUUUGUUUUCCACCACUGCGUCCCCCUUUACCGACCAGAUAAUGUCGUGUCAGCUCCCAGGUAAGUUCAAAAUGCCUGAGAUACCGAUGUACACAGGACUGGGGGACCCGAUCGAGCACCUGGCAAGUUUUCGUGUCCACACAGUAUUACAUGCUACACCGAACGAAGUUGCAUGUCGAGUUUUCCCCCUUACUUUGGCGGGGGGAGCUCGGGAAUGGUUUAGAACCCUGCCGCCUCGUUCAAUUUCGGGCUUUGAAGGCUUAGCUAAAAAGUUCGUGUCACAAUUAAUGGCCGACGUUGUUCGGAAGAAGCCCGCUCAGCAGUUAAUGACUAUCAAGCAGGGCCCUCAGGAGUCGCUGCGAAGUUAUCUACUUCGCUUUAAUCAAGAAAGGUUGGCUGCAGAGAGCCAAAGUGAGCAAUUCAUCCAUUGUGCCAUAUAUCAAGGCAUAAGGAAGGAUGGCGCGCUUAUGGCGGAUUUGGCAAGGAGGUCAGUCGAUGGGCUGCAGGACUUUUUCGAUCGAGCGGAAGAAUUCGUAAACCAAGAGGAAACCCUUCGCACAAUCCGAGAAGCAGAGGGGCCAGCGAAAGAGAAUCCCACGCCGAACAGGAAGUUAAAGCAGAGGGCGGCUCCGAGGGUUGAGAAUUAUAACUGGACGCCUGUAAAUGCUCUAGCGAAGGAAAUUCUCACGGAGAUCAGGAAAGAUUCGAGGCAUAAGGAUCCUUCGCCGAUAAAAGGCCAGUCGCCCCUUCAUAAUCGUCAUAAGUACUGUCACUAUCAGGACUCUUUCGGCCACUAUACUGAUAAUUGCAUCUCCCUGAAAGAAAUCGAGAAAUAUAUAGCUGACGGUAAGUUAAAAUGCUUCUUGGGAAGGCGUGAAAGUUCCUUGGACAAGUGCCCUGCAUAUAGAUUCACAGGGAACCAGGGAUCAUCCGGGCGCGACGUACGUUCAGGAAAGCAGCCGUACCAUCAAGAAAGAAAACUGCCUCAGCAGCCCAGGGGGGGUGGCCGAGCAGAGAAGUCGCCACAGCGUGAGCGAAGCAGGAGCCGCGGGAGGCCGGAGGACUGGGGGAGCUUCCCCGAAAUUCAGACUAUAGCGGGGGGCUUUGGAGGUGGAGGCGAGACUCAUUCAGCUCGCAAAUCUUAUGCGAAGGAAAUGCGGGAAGUGUCCAUUUACGCGGUCGCCAAGCCGGUAAAAACUGCGAGGCGGGAGAAGUUGGUCAUCACCUUCUCGGAUGAAGACUACAAGGGGGUAUACUUACCCCACUCGGAUGCUUUGGUAGUGACCAUGGUUAUAGGGAAUCAUAAGAUACACUGGGUCUUGGUGGAUAAUGGCAGUUCCGCGGAUAUUCUAUACAAGUCAACCUUUGAUCUGAUGAAAAUCAGUAAGGAAAAACUUUCUGCUUUUCGAUUUCCUUUGGUGGGAUUCGCGGGAGAGCAGGUGAUGCCCUUGGGGUCGAUCGAGCUGCAAGUUACAGUAGGCAGCCCACCAAUGCAGAAGACAAUUCCGGUGAGGUUUCUCAUCGUUGAUCAACCCUCCGCUUACAAUGCUAUAUUUGGAAGAACAGCUCAGGCCGAGUUGAAGGCGGUAACAUCAAUACCGCAUCUUAACAUGAAAUUUUCGACGGAAGAAGGAGUAGGAGUGGUCCGAGGAGAACAAAAGGCAGCUCGUAAAUGCUACAAUAUUUCUUUGGGAAGUCCUUCUUGCCAGGCACGCCCCGAUCAAGGGACGGGCCUUGUAGCCAAAUAG